AUGAACUCCUCAAAGCAACGUCGACUAAACGACCAUUCGGAUGAUGAAGGUUCUCAUCACCACAGUCGCGACAAAUUUAAACGGGAGCGACGUCUGAGCAGAGAAGGUCGAGAACGCGAUCGUGAACGCGAUAGGGAACGUGAUCAUGAUCGCGACUCUUACACUGACAGGCGUAAAAGAGACAACAGUGCUAACUCCGAAGAGAGAGAUCGACGGUUCAAACGGCGUCGCUCCCUUUCCCCUAGGAGGGCACCGCCGGAAAGUAGUGGUGGUGAUCAUUAUGUUCCAAAUUAUGACAAAGAUGGAUAUGUACCAGGUCCUAGAUACGGCAGACCUGGAGAAAUGCGUUAUCCCCCUCCAUUUCCUGUCAUGACAAUGGGAUUCAAUGUUCCACCACCUCAAAUAAUGCCACCUGGAGGUCUUAUGCCGAUGGAUUGGGCUGGUCCCUCCGGAAG